CUGGACUUCAUCGCCCGGCGUAUUGCGAGGUAAACCUUAGUCGAGUGUAGAGAAGAAGCACGAGAUGUCGAGGGCCCAGGAGAUCGCCACAGCAUUGCUCGCCGCAACCGAAAACUCCAUCGUUCCUCUCACGGCUAAACAAGUGUCGCAAGGCUCGAAGCUCUUUGGUGCCGCCAUCCUCGACAAAGCCUCACUUUCGACAGUUAUAGCAGAGACCAACAACGAGCGGGAGUCGCCUUUGUUGCACGGAGAAAUCAACUGUAUCCAGCAGUUUUUCAAGCUCCCCAAAGACGGCCGCCCCGAGACCAAAGAUUGUAUUUUCUUCGCGACCCAUGAGCCUUGUUCAUUAUGUCUGAGUGGCAUAACAUGGUCCGGUUUCAACGAGUUUUAUUACAUGUUCACCUAUGAAGACAGCAGAGAUCUCUUUGCCAUUCCUUACGACAUCGAUAUUUUGCAAUCUGUCUACCAGGUACCAUCACCUGAAGACACCCCGGAGACACUCGCCGCCAGACCGUUGUACAACCGUACAAACAAAUUCUUCACUGCGCAAUCGUUAGCAGACCUUAUUGGCUCAAUUGAGGAUGAGUCGGCCAAGGCGAAGCUCAACGGCGAGCUUCAGCGGGUGAAGCAGCUGUAUGAUCGACUCAGUGCCACCUAUCAAGAAGGGAAGACGAGUGGCGCCGAGUCUAGCAGCUUCUUCAAAUGAUUUUAGGUGAAUGGAAAGGUAGAAAGCUUGCUUAUCAGUUGUGCAUUGGUUGCGAGAGGGGUUGAUCUCGGAAUUGGGAACACAUCCCGGGAUGUCUUUUCACACGAUUUUCCUACGUGCUAUCAGCUAAAGCCAUUACAAAGAACAUGGCCUUAAUUCUC